CAAUUCUCCAAGCAUCCCAUUUGGUUUCACUUGGAUUUUCUCAUCCUCUCCUACUUGCGCUUCCUCCAACUACACAGAGUAAAUUUGUGAAUCAUGUGGGAAUCUGAGAGCGACGGCGGGGUUGGAGUUGGAGGAGGAGGUGGAAGAGAGUACGGAGGUGAUGGAGUUUUGAGCUCUAACAAGCAUGGCGGCGUCAAGACUGAUGGUUUUGAGCUUAGAGGCCAAUCUUGGUUUGUUGCUACGGAUAUCCCCAGCGAUCUUCUGGUUAAAAUCGGUGACAUGAACUUCCACCUACACAAGUAUCCGUUGCUGUCACGUAGCGGGAAGAUGAACAGAUUGAUCUACGAGUCACGAGAUCCUGACCCGACGAUCCUUAUUCUUGAUGAUCUACCCGGAGGGCCAGAAGCAUUUGAGCUUGCAUCCAAAUUCUGCUAUGGAGUUCCCGUGGAUCUCACGGCAACUAACAUAUCAGGAUUACGUUGUGCAGCUGAGUAUCUCGAGAUGACAGAGGAUCUUGAGGAAGGGAAUCUAAUCUUCAAGACCGAAGCCUUUCUCAGCUAUGUGGUUCUGUCUUCAUGGAGAGACUCGAUCUUGGUCCUAAAGAGCUGUGAAAAGCUCUCACCUUGGGCUGAGAAUCUUCAGAUUGUAAGGAGGUGUAGUGAAUCUAUUGCUUGGAAAGCUUGUAGUAAUCCAAAAGGGAUUAGAUGGGCUUACACAGGAAAAACUCCAUCUCCAUCAACCACAAAUUUCGCAGGUUCUAGUCCGAGAUGGAACGAAUCAAAGGAUUCAAGUUUCUAUUGUAGCCCGAGUAGGAACACGAAUAGCCAACCUGUUCCUCCUGAUUGGUGGUUCGAAGAUGUCUCUAUCUUAAGAAUCGAUCAUUUCGUUCGUGUAAUCACUGCAAUCAAGGUGAAAGGUAUGAGAUUUGAACUCCUCGGAGCUGUAAUAAUGCAUUACGCCGGAAAAUGGCUUCCGGGUUUAAUUAAAGAAGGAGGAGUUGCAGUAGCCCCAGCCGCCGUUGGAGGAGGAGGAGGAUUAGGUUUAGGAGGGGACGAAAUGAGUGUAAGCUGCGGAAGCAACAGCAGCGGAGGAAGCUCCGGUCCCGACUGGAAAGGCGGACUACACAUGGUUCUAUCCGCCGGAAAAACAAACGGACAUCAAGAUUCCGUCGCUUGUCUCGCCGGAAUCGGAAUAAGCCCAAAAGACCAACGCAUGAUCGUCGAAUCCUUAAUCAGCAUAAUCCCUCCACAGAAAGAUUCAGUCUCUUGUAGCUUCCUCCUACGUCUCCUCAGAGCAGCCAGUAUGCUCAAAGUGGCUCCGGCGUUGAUCACAGAGCUUGAGAAACGUGUAGGGAUGCAAUUCGAACAAGCAACGCUACAAGAUCUUUUGAUUCCUGGUUACAACAACAAAGGAGAGACAAUGUACGAUGUUGAUCUUGUCCAGAGAUUGUUGGAACAUUUUCUUGUUCAAGAACAGACGGAAGGGUCGAGUCCGAGCCGAAUGUCACCGUCGCCGUCGCAGUCGAUGUACGCCGAAGCCGGGAUCCCGAGAGGGAAUAGUAAUAACGGUGGUGGUAAUACUCAGAACGCUAAGAUGAGAGUGGCGAGGCUUGUGGAUAGUUAUCUUACAGAAGUUGCUAGAGAUCGGAAUUUGCCGUUGACGAAGUUUCAGGUUUUGGCUGAGGCGUUGCCUGAAUCUGCUCGGACUUGUGACGAUGGACUGUACAGAGCAAUUGAUUCAUAUCUCAAGGCGCAUCCAACAUUGUCGGAACACGAGAGGAAACGGCUGUGCCGAGUGAUGGACUGUCAAAAGCUAUCGAUGGAUGCGUGUAUGCACGCGGCUCAGAACGAGCGGUUACCAUUGCGAGUGGUGGUUCAAGUUCUCUUCUCGGAGCAAGUCAAAAUCAGCAAUGCCUUGGCCAAUACAUCACUCAAGGAGUCAACCACGUUGGGAGAAGCCAUGGGUACAUAUCAACCAAUGAUCCCAAAUCGCAAGACAUUGAUCGACGCAACACCGCAAUCUUUUCAGGAAGGGUGGGCUGCGGCAAAGAAGGAUAUUAACACGUUGAAAUUCGAGUUAGAGACCGUGAAGACCAAAUAUGUUGAGCUUCAGAACGAGAUGGAAGUGAUGCAGAGACAGUUUGAGAAGACGACGGGGAAAGUCAAGAACACACCGUCUUCUUCCGCUUGGACCAGCGGUUGGAAGAAGCUAAGUAAACUGACUAAGAUGAGUGGACAUGAGAGUCAUGACUUGUCUUCCGGAGGAGAACAAGCUGGAGUUGAUCAACAACCAACCAGGAAACCAAGACGAUGGAGGAACUCAAUUUCUUGAAGUGAUGGUCUUAUAUCUUCUUGAUUUUGAUUCUUUGGAAAGAAAAAGCUUUUGUUUGGCCCUAAUCUGUAAUGCUUAUUGGUUUCUAAUGAGGAAUAAGUGAUAAAAGAAACGAUUUUUAUGAAA